UCAACAUAAAAAAAAUAAGAAUUUAGAACUCACUCAAUAUCAAUUACAAGUUGGCAAACAACAAAAUAUUUUUUAGUUUUUAUUAUAUUUCUUUUUUUUUUUUCAAAAAAAAAGAAAAAGAAAAAGGAAAAGACAAAACAAGAAUGGCGACAAACAGCUCAGCCGGCGAGGCUCUCGAGGCUCUCAGAUCCCAAGUUAAAUCAGCAACAAGUCUUAUAUUCCAACUUCAAACUCUCGUUCAUUCGAUAGCCGACGACAAAGACGAAGACCCCUUCGUAUCAUCAUCGCCGCCGCCGAAUUUCGAGUCCGUUGAUCCUUUAUCUAUAGCCCACGACUCUGCGACCCUGAUAAAGGCACAUACAACUAAGCUAUCUCUCCUCAUCAUAAAUGAGCCGUUUACGCCCUCCGCCAUCUCUAAAGUUCUGCACGAGCUUGUCGCCAGUCCUAUCCCAGCCCUAGCUUCCGCUGUUCAAAUUUGCGACGCCGACAAAUAUACUUCGGUUGCUCGCAAAGAUUUCGCUUGGCGAUGCUAUCGCCUAUUGAAGGAAUUGAAUAAUUUCAUACAGAUUAUACCUUUGGACGGGACAGUUCUGGCCAACGGUCAGAAAAACGGAACAAGCGGAGACAGGGGCAGUUUGGCCGCCACCGGUGUUGUCUGGGCCGCUUGCGACGACGUAAUAUUACUGAAGAAGUUAGGAAUUGCAGGGUUACUUAUCAAAAAGGUGGAAGAGUAUAGGGAUACGCUGAAGGACAUUCUCGAGGAACUCAAGGAAUAUAGUGAAGAGGUUGACGAAGAAGCGGAAGACGAUAGCGACGCCGACGACGCGGAAGAGGGUGAAGUUGAUGGCGUCACAGACCAAAUGCAAAAUCCGCACAUCUCGGCUCAGGAGAUGCUCGACCAUCUCAUGAAUCCCAGUCACAUUCCAAGAGGCGACCCAAACAAAAUCCGAGAGCGGCUCGAGUCUUGUAUGAAACGAUUACGCUUAACCACUCUGCUCUAUACAGCAAUCGUAAAGAGACGGCUGAAAACACUUCCGCCAUUACCCGUCACGAAGCAAGAAUCAUUCAUUCAACGUCUGGGUGAAGUAUUCCCGAUAUUGAAAAGAUUACCGCACCGCUUUGAGGAGGUCGCUUGCGCAUUCUACGAGUUAGAUCGCGACACUAUAGAUAGCGCAAUGGACAAUUGCUUUUUCGACGCGUUCGCCGCAUCGGAAAUGUUGAUGAAGCCGUGGGACGGCCAGAGAGACGAAUUUACGGAAUGGGCGGAAAAAUUCCAAGUCGGCAUUAAGAAACCGGACCAAGGACCUGCAUCAUAAACCUUGAUAUACAUGGUUGAAUAGAAUAUAUAUACAUAUUGCUUGUCGAGACGGGCUCGACAAGGAAUCUUUCCAAAAAAAAACAAAAAAGACCUAAGACGAGAAAAUAUCACGCAAUGCCAUGCAGGAUAAAUAUAGCAAACUCGCCUCCCCACGCCUUCUUAUAAACCAAAUGUUUAUACCUGGAUUGCGACGGAGUUGAAGUUGACCUGACGGCUUGUUAGUUAAGCUUGUUCGGGGAAGACUUGGUAUAGGCAGAAGGGACUUACAUGACCUGUAGCAGGGCAGUUGUUGGU